AUGUUCAUGAACUUCCGUCGUAUUCACAAGUGCCAGUUCGUGCAGCUGCUGACCGCAUGCAUGGUGCUGUGUGUGGUGAUGGUCAGCUGGGAGGAGCUGGACCACCAUGUGGUCAGCCACAUGAGAUCCUACACGUACCGCUACCUGGUCAACAGCUAUGACUUCCUCAACUCUAACUUCAACAUCACCUCCAACCGUCACAGAAAGCAUGGUUCUACUAACGUGUUGCUGACCUACCCGUACCUCAUCAACCAUCCAGGGAAAUGUGCAAGGGGAGAUGGGAAAAGCGGGGAUGACGUCCUCCUUCUUCUGUUUGUGAAAUCAUCGCCAGAGAACUUUGAGCGGCGCCAAGCCAUCAGGGACACGUGGGGGAACGAGAGCUUUGUUUGGUCCGAACUGGGAGCCACCAUGCGGAUGGUGUUCGCCCUCGGUGUGGACACAAAGCAGAGAUCCAGGGUGCAGAGAGCACUGCUACAGGAGGACCAGACCUACGGAGACCUGAUCCAGCAGGACUUUUUGGAUACCUUCCACAACCUCACAGCCAAACUGAUCACGCAGUUCCACUGGGUCCACGACUACUGCCCUCAGGCACGCUUCCUCAUGUCUGCAGAUGACGACAUCUUCGUCCACAUGCCCAAUUUGGUGAAGUACCUAAGGCAGCUUCUGAGAAAUAAAUCAGGGGUCAAAGACUUUUGUAUAUACCACAUCCCCUAUGAUCUGUACCCCUGGCCUUCCUACCCGGACUACACGGCUGGAGCGGGGUACGUGGUUUCAGGAGAUGUGGCCGCUAAGAUCUACCAGGCCACUCAGGUGCUGAACUCCUCCAUUUACAUUGAUGACGUCUUCAUGGGGAUUUGUGCCAAAGCCAUGGGGGUCUCUCCCCAGGAGCAUGUGUACUUUUCAGGUGAGGGCAAGGCUCUGUAUCACCCCUGCAUCUAUGACCACAUGAUCACAUCGCACGGUCACGCCACAGACGUUCGGUCACUGUGGCAGGCAGCUACAGACCCUGCAGUGUACGGCAAGUCCAGAGGAUUUAUGGGUAAUCUGUACUGCACAGCGGUGAGGGCGAUGAUGCUGUGUCGGCCAUAUUACCAGAACUCUUACUCCUGUAAGGCUGCUUUUACAUAAAUGAUCCUCAGGUAACGCAAGGACUGCUUAAUGCUAAAUGUUUGCAGACAAAGAAAUGAUGGAACUUUACUCAAACAGUCUGCCAUGCUGUUUUUCUUUAAUGUGAUAUGUAAGUGUUUACUUGGCUAACUUGCCACACACCACCAAUGCUACAGCUUGAGCCAAGCAGCACAGGGAUGAACUAUGCCAAUAUUUUAACAGUAUCAGUGCAGUGCCUUUUCAGUGGGGCAAGAUAUAGCAAAUAUGUGUGCCUAUCCUGCUAUUUGUGUGAUUUCUUUUAAUCACACAGCGUUAAGAACAAAUUAAAAUGUGCCUAUAACUGUCAGCUGCAGCCCUAGUAUUAUCAUUGGUUUAACUACUAACAGUAUAUAUUUAAAACAUGUUAAAAGGACCAUCUUGAAUAGCUACAACAGUAAAAUACUUCGAGGCAGAUUGUGGAGGAUAAUGGGAGACUGAAGCCAACCUCACGUAUGAAAGGUUACAUGUCAAUAGAGGGGCAGAAACCGUCUUGCAAAUGUACAUUCCAAUCUUGAACAAUGAACAGCGGUAGACAGUAACAAAGUAUAUUUACUUAAGGACUGUACUGCUCCACUCCCAUUCAGGCCAAUAGUGUACUCUAUACUGCGCUACAUUUAUUUGAUAACUUUAGUAACUUUGAAGAUUCAGAAUACCACUAAAUAUAAUCAAGAAAUAGUUGAUCAUGUAUUAUUAUAGGUUAGGAUCAAAUGUUAUUGAUCCCAUGGUGAAUUUCACAAGCUACCCAGCAGUAUAUCAUGUCAUUUAAAUCAGCUCCUCCACUUCAGCUCUCUGAAGCAGAAAGACACUAUUUAAGCAUUGUGGCUGGCAACCUUAAAGUACCGCUGCUACCACAGCAAUCUGAACAGCCAAUCAGAGUUGGUUCUUCUGCCGACAGUGUCCGCACGGCCGAAAAGACACGGCGGUGCGGGACACACCAAUCUGAGUAGAGCGACAGGACGCUCAUCGACGGCGAGACAUCUAUCGACGGCCGAAAUCAGCUUGGUGUGUCCGGGCCUUAAGCCGUUUUUAGCCUUCUUUAAAUGUAAUUUGACUCUAAUAGCAGAAUAAGCAUCAUGGCAGCAGUUUUAUCACAUGAAUAAAUGCAUGAUGUGACAGUAAUGGAGAUGGACACAUUGUGUUUUUAAUGGUUUUCUAUUGAAUGUAUUUAGGACCUUACACAUGUACACAAUUGUGAUGUUAACAAGAACCAUCAAGCUCCAGAUGAUAUUACAGCAAAAAGGCAUAUGAUUAGUUAAGUUUAGUCUAAAUGUGUUUUUACUAUUAGUUUAAUAACCAACAAGCAGCUGGAAUACAAACGUUAGUUUUUAAAGUGACUUUCAGCAGACAGGGAUCAGUCAGACAGCCUUAAUGAACGAUGUAAAACUACAGAGAGAAGAGUGAUCAACCUACUCUUGUUUAGUCUUAAAACAUCUCUAUUCAACUUUAUACUAUUAAAAAAACACAGUCUAAUCUUUGGAACUAUUCUGAAAUGGUGGCGUUGACAGGAAACCGAGAGCUCGCUGACUCUUGCUAAACUAAAUGAAAAGCUUUCAGAUGCACUUUAAAACUGAACGCUGUUUUUAUCUGUGUUCAACAAGCUCACACUGCAGACCAGUCGGACUUGUUCAGCCACAUGUUUUUAUAGGGCGAUACAUUUAAAUGCUGGUUACCAUGGUUACAACCGGUUUGUUGGCCCCAUAAGCAGUAUUGGUAAUACGCAGUGUUAAAUGUACGCAGCAUGUUGUCAGUCAGUGCCAAAGAAAAGACAACAAAUAAAACCAACUAUCUUUGUCACGAGUCGGACACAAUGGCGUUAAGGCAUCCAUUGCAUGACUGUCUGAAGUGCUUCACUCCUGGCUGUUGUUUCUGCCUGCUCGGUAACCUGUCCGGGAUUGUCUGCAGCUGUGUGUGUGAUAAUGUAAAUGAGCUGUGUGGUUGCCCCAACGUGAUUGGCUGUCAUCUCCUGGUCCACUUCCGAGGACACUGAUUGGAGCACGCCGGGCCCGACGUUUUCCAAUCGCAGCGCACAGCCGGCGCAUACCUGCUGGAGACGACUACCAAGCUGGGGACAAUCAUCGCUCUGGAGGGAUCUGUUGAGUGAACAGACGCCUCUCGCUACUUGCUUUUCGUUCUGUGGUUAACUUGUGUGGUCUGUGUCUGGUAGUGUGAUAUUGUGUGUUAGUCGUGCCUAGAGUAGCUUAGUUAGAGGUUAGAGUAGUUUACAUAGUGUUUAGAG